UUCUGUCAAAUUUUUGGAUCGCUCGGUCGGAUCUCGGCUCUGUUUUGCAAAAGUAAAACUUUUAGGACUUGUUGUAAUUGUAAUAAAUUGUUAUUAUUUUACGUGAAAUCGGAAGAUAUUUUUUAAAGUUACUGCCAAUCAACUUUUCGUUUUUCAUGAGUGAGUGAAGAAAAAAUCAAGCGUCAAGUAGAAAGUCUUUGGUUUACCAGAACGUAACCCGUUGAUCUCAUACGAUGGCUCUGAAUUAUAUUCGUCAAAUGACGAGAACAGCUCUAACUAUCAAGUCGGUAAGGAUAAACGUACCGCAGAGGUCAAUCUCCAAGUCACAACCUGCGUUUCUUGGCAUGAUACCCAUCGUCGUGGAGCAAACAGGCAGAGGUGAACGGGCUUACGAUAUCUACUCGAGACUGCUUCGUGAACGAAUUAUUUGCCUCAUGGGGCCUAUCAACGAUGACAUUAGCUCGUUAGUGGUAGCUCAACUGUUGUUUCUUCAGUCAGAAUCUAGUAAAAAGCCAGUACAUUUGUACAUCAAUUCUCCUGGUGGCAACGUGACUGCGGGGCUCGGUAUAUACGACACAAUGCAGUAUAUUACACCUCCUGUAGCGACAUGGUGUGUUGGUCAAGCCUGCAGUAUGGCUUCUCUGCUACUGGCAGCUGGAGCUCCUGGUAUGCGUCACGCUCUUCCUAACUCUCGGAUCAUGAUUCACCAACCCUCUGGUGGAGUCAGAGGACAAGCAACAGACAUCCAGAUCCAAGCGGAAGAGAUAUUGAAACUCAAGGCUCAGAUAAACGGUCUGUACGUACGGCACACUGGAUUACCCAUUGAAAAAGUGCAGUCUUCUAUGGAAAGAGAUUACUUUAUGUCUCCGACUGAAGCAAAAACUUUUGGACUUAUUGAUAAUGUGCUGGAGCAUCCUCCGUCACAUGCUAUGGAAAAGGAAUGUCAAGCUGUAUCCGGGACGGGAACCAGUGGCAGUAGUAGUAAUAUAUCUUAGAUACUGUUAGAAAGAUUUACAAAUUCUAUUGAUAUUUUUUUAUAAAUAAAGAUAUAGCUAUGUUUUA